AUGUGCCGACUUUUUCUGUCCCUUUUGACAAUCCUGUCGUCGAUCAUUUGCUUUUUGGCUGCAAUUUUUUGGGUGGUGAUCCCGUAUAGCGUGACGGUCACCAAUGAAAUGGAGGUCUGCCCAAGAUACCGGUUCCUGCAAAAUCGCGGUUGCUUCGAAUAUAGCGAAUGCGCUCGAGUGAAUGAGGGUCGAUGGACUGAGGACAAUGAUCUCAUCAAAUUUUUUGCCUGCAAUCCGUCCAAAUCCCAGCAGAUGGUCACUGCUUCUCUCCUCAUUUUUGGCGGCUACUUGAUCGUGCAAUUGUCGUACGACCUGGCCUGCUUCCUACACGCCUUGUGCAAAUGGAUCUCCACCACCGUGCGCCGAAACCAGAAUAAAUACAUCGUC